AUGAAGCAAUCACCUACUCAAGGUAGGCGAACUCUGUUUAAACUUCAAGUGUUCAUUCUUGUUUGCAUGAGCACAGUUCUGGAAUCUGCAUCACUGCGCAGUUUCGAAAAUGAAACCGAUCUCCUGGCAUUACUAGACUUCAAGAGAAGUAUUACUAAAGAUCCUCACCAUAUCAUGAGCUCAUGGAAUAAGUCCAUCCAUUUCUGCAGUUGGGUAGGCGUUACAUGCAACCCUUCCAACAAUCGAGUCAUCAUUCUGAACCUGGAGGCCCAAGAACUGGAAGGCUCCAUAGCACCUUCAAUAGGAAACCUUACCUAUCUUACUCAACUCAACCUCACAGACAACAAAUUUCAUGGUGAAAUUCCUCAGGAAUUGGGCCGUCUACUGCACUUGCAACAGCUGAACCUGAUGGCCAAUUCCUUGCGGGGGAACAUUCCAGCGAAUAUAUCUCACUGUUCUCGACUCAGAGUCCUCGACCUCGGGAUCAAUGGACUUAUUGGGCCAGUUCCAGACCAACUCACUUGGUUAGGAAACUUUUCUUCUUUGUAUGCAUUUUCUUUUGGCGAGAACAAUCUCCAAGGAAGCAUACCCAGUGAGCUAGGGGGUCUAACAAGUUUGAGAAAAUUUGUACUUGCGAGUAAUAAUCUUUCUGGUACAGUUCCUUCUUCAAUCUACAAUAUUUCCUCAUUAUACUACUUCACUAUCGCUAACAACCACCUGCAUGGAGAGUUGCCACCAAACAUUGGCAUAACUCUUCCUAAUCUUGAAGUUUUUGCUGGUGGUAUCAACAAAUUCACAGGAAAUAUUCCUGUAUCAUUGUCAAAUGCUUCUAGACUCUGGCUCCUUGAUUUUGCUGAAAAUGGUCUUACCGGAGAGUUCCCUGCUGAGUAUUUUGGAAGCUUGGUGAGGUUAGUGAAAAUAAACUUCGAUGACAACUCACUGGGAACUGGGAAAACUAGUGACUUGAAUUUUCUCACUUUCCUGGCUAAUUGUACUAGGCUUGAGGUGUUAUGUUUUAUCAAUAAUCGUUUUGGAGGAGAAUUACCAGAAUCCAUAGGAAACCUUUCCACCAAACUGAGACAGCUUUGUCUGUCAGGCAAUUUGAUACAUGGAAGCAUCCCUAUUGGCAUUGGAAAUCUUGUAAACUUGACCAAGCUGGAACUGGGAGACAAUAAUUUGGGUGGUAGUCUCCCUGAAGAAAUUGGGAAGCUUCAGAAGUUAGAGGGACUGCUUUUGAAUCUAAACAAACUUUCUGGACCAAUCCCGUCCUCCUUAGGAAACUUGACGUCACUAACAAAGCUCUUCAUGCAGGGGAAUAGGUUUGAGGGAAGUAUACCGCCAAGUCUUGGAAGCUGCAAAAAUCUACUAGUACUAAACCUUUCCACUAACAGUCUAAAUGGCCCGAUACCUAAAGAGUUAGUUGAGGAUUCAUCCCUUUCAAUUUCAUUGACCCUUUCUAACAAUUACUUGACUGGUUCACUCCCAGAUGAGGUGGGUAAGCUGGUACAACUUGCAGAGCUAGAUGUAUCAGGCAACAAGUUAUCAGGUGAAAUCCCUGAAACCCUUGGCAGUUGUCUUAGUUUGGAGCGCCUGCAUUUGGAAGAUAAUGAACUUGAAGGAACAAUUCCAAAUUCUAUUAAAGAUUUAAGAGGAUUGGAGGAAAUUGAUGUUUCACAGAAUCACUUAUUUGGCAAGGUUCCUGAAUUCUUUGUCCAUCUUAGAACUCUUAAGCAUCUCAAUCUUUCUUACAACCAUCUUGAAGGAGAAUUGCCUAAGGAAGGGAUCUUUUCAAAUGCAACUGGUGUAUCAGUUCUCGGAAAUGAUAAACUCUGUGGUGGCAUCCCAGAAUUACUUCUACCUGCAUGCUCCAGCAGAAAGCCUCAAUCAUCUCUAGGACUACUUGCUGCAGAAGUGAUAAUCCCUCUAAGUUGUGGAAUUGCAUUAACAAUUUCUCUUUGUUUCUUCAUUGCUGGAUGUUCAAUGGCGAAAAGGUCAAGAGAUAGAUCCCUGACAUCACGUACUUAUGAGGAUUGGAAAUCAGGUGUCUCUUACAGAGAACUAGUUCAAUCAACUGACGGGUUCUCUAUAAAUAAUCUGAUUGGUUCAGGAAGUUUCGGUUCAGUAUACAAAGGAUUAAUCAGUGGUGAUGGAACUGCUGUUGCUGUUAAGGUAUUUAACCUUCAACAACAUGGAGCAUCGAAGAGUUUCAUUGAUGAAUGCAAAGCAUUGAGAAGUAUAAGGCACCGGAAUCUUCUUAAGAUCAUAACUGCCUGCUCAAGCAUUGAUAAUCAGGGAAAUGACUUUAAAAGUCUAGUUUUCGAGUUCAUGGAAAAUGGAAGCCUAGACUCUUGGCUGCAUCCCAGUGAGGAUGAUCAAUCUCAAAGGAAGAGACUGAGCCUCAUCCAGAGACUGAAUAUUGCCAUUGAUGUUGCUUCUGCAAUAAAUCAUCUCCACCACUAUUGUGAACCAUCAAUUGUUCAUUGUGAUUUAAAGCCGAGCAAUGUUCUUCUCGAUGAAGAUAUGGUAGCACAUGUUGGUGACUUUGGUUUAGCAAGCUUCCUCUUGGAAGCAUUGGAUGAUCCCUCUGAGAUCCAAAGCAUAUCAGAUGGACUAAAGGGUUCCAUAGGCUACAUUCCUCCAGAGUAUAGCAUGGGAGCCAAAGUUUCCAUAUCAGGAGAUAUCUAUAGCUAUGGGAUACUUUUGCUAGAAAUGUUCACAGGGAGAAGACCUACCGAUGACGUGUUCAAAGAUGAUUUAAGCAUUCACCAAUUUACAGCUAUGGCUCUUCCGGACCAUGUUAUGGACAUAGUUGACCCUUCAUUGCUCAUAGAAAGAGAUGAAGAGAAUGAUAAGGAUGAUGGUAGAGACCAAAAUCAUGUCCAAGAAAGACCAAGAAGGCAUCAAGAUCCUGACCUAGUCAAACGAAGAGGAGAGGAAUGCUUGGUUUCAGUUAUGCAUGUAGGAGUCUUAUGCUCGUCAAUAUCACCAACAGAGCGGAUGUUUAUGGAUGUCAUUGUCAACAAAUUGAAGGCUAUUAGAGAUUCCUAUCUCAAAGUAAGAAGAAGGAGGUAG